AUAGUUAUUGGAUAGAAGAUCAGGAAAAUCAUUUAACUUCUCAACUGUAAUAUACCUUUUUCAUGUCUAUAUAAUCCCUUUGUUGAACCCUAACUUCUCACAAAAGUCAUCUAAUUUACCUCUCUAAAACUGAUCUCAUAGCUUAUAGUACUAUGGCAAUUAUGGCUUCUAAAUUGUUUCUUGUGUUGCUUCUCGGUGCUUUUGUUUGCACUACUCAUGCUGCGAGAAAGAUUGUGAAUGAAAAGGGUUCUUUUGAGGAUGAGAAGUUGUUUCAUCGCCGCCCUAGAUUUGGUGGUGGCCUUGGAGGUGGAGGUGGUGGUGGUGGUGGAUUUGGAGGAGGAGGUGGUGCUGGUGGUGGGUUAGGAGGAGGGUCAGGAUUUGGUGGUGGUGCUGGAGGUGGAGCUGGGGGUGGACUUGGUGGAGGUGCUGGUGGUGGAGGAGGAUUUGGAGGGGGAGGUGGUGGAGGACUAGGUGGUGGUUCUGGUUUUGGUGGAGGAGCUGGCUUUGGAGGUGGUGCUGGUGCUGGUGGUGGCCUCGGUGGUGGUGCUGGAGGUGGAGGUGGUUUCGGAGGAGGUGGUGGUGGAGGACUUGGUGGGGGAGCUGGUGGUGGAUUUGGUGGUGGUGCUGGUGGUGGACUUGGGGGUGGAUUGCCUUGAAGAAACAAAGUGAAUUAGAGAUAAAACUUUAUAUGAAGAUUGCCAUGUUAAAACUCUUAAUCUUAUUUGAAUUUACCUUAUAAAUUUACUUCUCAAUGAAGUUUCCUUCCAUGUUUAAUGUUUUGUUAGUGAAAUGAAAUAAUUUUUUAAUCUA